CAAUUCCUCCAAGAACGUCAUGUAUGGAAUGAGACAUUGUCGCUAAAUACUCCGAUGGGCCGUUUACCGAGCGCAGCAUGUCGUAUAAGAGGCGUGCCGACUGGGACGAUGAAGAGUUGGGCAGAACCCCGAAACGCCAACAAGUCGCGACUGGCAGUUGGAGAACUUCAUACGAGAGGCCGAAAGGACACGAACCACGUAUAAAGUACAAGCCGCAUGCGGACUCUGGAGUUGGCAAGGACUUCCACAGCGUACCGUAUCCAUUGACUCUGUUACCCAAGAAGACGUGGCAAGCUCUUAACAAUGGCGGUGCCAAGGGCGGAAUAUGUUCACGCUGCGGAAAGGACCGGCAUUCAAGUCCGUGGCAGCGGAAGCUCUUCCUCGUGGCCGAAAGGUUGAGCUGGGACCAGAGGACUACCAGUUCGCAGCAGAGAGAGCAGAAUGAGGUGGCGCUGUGGGCUAUCAACGCCGAGUUGGGCGUGUUUGAUCCUGCUGUGGACGAUGAUGAAGUCGUGAUCGGUGGGAAGCACAGCCGCAAGAACGAAUGGUAUCCAUAUCGUAACAAGGUCGAGGCAGAGAUGGCUCUGAGAAUGAUCGAAAAGGCUGACAUUCUUACUGAAAUGUCGUGGCCGCUAUGGAAGGCUCAGGCUCUUGCGGCGUCGGAACAUGCCGAGAAAACUGAUGGGACCAACGAUAAUGCAAGCACGUCGCAUCAAGGCGAAAGCUCGGCGUCUAUGAGGCAGCCGCUGGGCGAGAUCAGCUCGAAUUCGAGUCAAUCAUCGCGUGUAUCGCCCAAAGGCAAAGAAAAGCUUUCCACCACUUCAAGGCCAUCUUCGCCUGCUCAUGAGAACCAGCCAGAAUGCACCUAUAAGACCCUCGCAGACUUCUACGCACUGUUGGAUAAGAUUGAACGGACAUCUCACAUGGGUGCACGAUAUCUCGAGGCAUACGCUGAGCGGCUGCAUGCCGAGAUUUGCAAAGAUUGCUGGUUUCAGGACAUGGUCAUCGAUCUGUCCGAAGAUGAAGAUGAGGGGGAUGCAGAACUUGCCGCCGAGCCAGCAUCGCUGGGAGCGAAAUCAGGGCGGCCGAUCGACCUCACUGAUUCGCCACCAUACGCACAAAGGACUCCGGUGGCACUAGAUCAUGCGGUGCUAUCCUCCAGCAGUACGCCACAGAUGCAAAGCCGCUCAGGCGCUAGAAUGUCUAUUGACCAGCCGCGUGGACACAUUGGGGGUACACACGACCCUCAAGCCGGAGAUUUGAGAAGCAAAACGCCAGGGCCUUCGCAACUGGAGGCGGGAGCCAGAAUGGUCGCAGAGCCCAUGUAUAAAGCAAGUGUGGAGCAGCUUCGUGCCCAGCUGUCGGAGUGGUUUCUGCAGCAUUUCGCAGCUGAUGCCACUGCGCAAACGGAUCUGAGCGAUCUGUUCCGAAUCUACAAUGGGGAUUAUGUUUGCUGGCCAAAGUUGGGCAGUACGGAGUUUCUGCCUAUUCUGAUGAGAACCUUCCCCGGAUUGCGGUCAAAGAAUUUGGGCGACCGCACAACUGUAAUAGAGGGUGUUCGACCAGAGUCGCUGUACGCGAAAAGCGGAGUUCGCUCUGUGCAUUCCCGUACCGCGCUCGUGCAGCAAGUUGAGAAACCUGAUGCAUUCUCGCAGUGGCUCAGAACAUACUACGAAAAUGCUCCAGAAGUCGAAACACCAGGUACUGCAUUGGAAGAGACGUAUCGGUUGCAUUGCAAUGCGACAAAGGGCACCAGCCAAUUUCUGCUCAGCGAAUUCCUGGAAGACUUGCGCAAAGUAUUUCCCACUGCUCAAAUCAUCCUCUCGACACGGAUGAUUCGAAACAUACGCCUCAAACCUGUCGGCGUGUCAGCUGUGCAAACACCGCGAAUGGCAGUCCCCUCAUCCAUUAGCGCCCCUGCUGGAACUCAUGCCUCCACUGUCCCUGCAGCUGCACAAGCUAGUACGCAGAGCUCCGGUCAACAACAAUCUCACACCGAGAGAGUACAGAAUGCAGUGUCGCAGGCAUUGCGGGAAGCCAGUGAGUGGCUACGAGAGCAAUACGUGGUAGACCAAACAUGCGAAUCCAAGCGGAUGGAUAUCUACUCGGCAUAUCUCACUGCUUUCGGCUCUGACAAGACACGCGUCAACUUCAAAACGUUGAUGGAGCAGGUAACAAGUAUAUUCUCGACACCUUCGGCGUCCUGUCCGCCAUGCGAUUCGCUUGUCUUCAAAGGUCUCAAGCCAAAACAGCCCCGGCCUUACAAUGCCAAGCGUUGUACGCCACCUCGGGCACGGCACAUACCUUGGGCUUCCAACGCAAGCAGUGGCAACGACCGAGGCUCGACCGGCGCGACGGCGAGUCCACAAACUUCUGCUGGUGCUCAAACAUCCCGUGCCCCGGCAGCUGCACAAGAGAGUACAGAGAGGUCCGACAGGCAACCUCCCCGUUACGGCACGACACAAGAUGAAUCGGGGAAACCGUCGCAACAAGUCACAAAUUGGCUAUGGGAUAACUAUGUUGUCAAUCCUGCGGCAGAAGUCAAGCAGAAGGAUUUCUACAGAGCAUAUUCCCGUCGCUUUGACUACUUGGAACCCAGGGACUUCGAUAUGUUGAUGAAGCAUGUAGAGAUCACCUUUUCCACGCCGUGGGUCUGUUGUUCGACUUGCAAUACCAUGGUUUUCAAAGGCCUGAAGCCCCUAGGUUCACCACCAUCUGAAAGCAGGCGCUGCACACCGCCUCCAUCACAGCAGGUAUCUUCUUCCUCAAGAACAACCGCUGCCAACAGUCGGAUUUCAGCGAGUCAGGCGGUACCAUCGCGGACAGAAUCUGGGCCAUCCACUGUUGGUAGACACAAUCGCGAGCCACCAAACUCGAAAUUGUUGACCCAAAAUUGUCGCAAGUGGCUCUCGAAGUACUACAUCGCAGACUCAAGAGCUCCUGCAAUUGUAUCAUCAAAUAUCUGGCAGGCUUACCACGACCACUGCGCGGCACGUGAACCACCACAGCCUCUCAUGUCACAAGGAGAUUUCGAUGGACUCCUUUUGCAGGCGCAUUCAAAAGUGUCCAUGACUCGCACCGUCACCGGAACCAACAUGGUCAAUGGCAUUCGGCCUCGAUAUCCCCUCGAAGAACCCGAACGAACCUCAGCUUGGCUCUCCACCCACUUUAUCGCUGACGACGAUGCGGCAGUCUCAAAGGAUGAGAUCUGGGAGCACUACAAAUCUGAUUUCGAUCUCCCAAAAUCUGCGACGACACCCUUGAAGUUUGCGGAGUUCUUGCGGAGAGUCAAGAAGGAUUUCCCUCAGGUACAAACGCAGUAUGAUGACAGGACGUACAAGGUCUGCAAGCUCAAGGGAUUGAGAAGGAAGAGGCCUGAGGAGGCUUCAGCAGCGCAGCCAGUGCGUCAGACAGUGCGUCAGGUCGUGCGUCCACCGCCUCCGAGGCCGCAAGCGGGUCCAUCUACCGUCUCUCGAGAAGAUCUAAAGUUGGCAGCACAAACGUACCUGGAUACAAUGAACGCGAGAGGCCGAAAGUGGCUGCUGAAGCACUACAUCACAGACCCCAACGGCAGCGCAUUCCGUGGGACGCUAUGGAUCAAUUGCCGCGUUCACUGCACACGUGCUGAGACCUCUAAGAUAUUCAUUUCAGACGACGACUUCUUGCAACUCGUCUUGCGAACCUUUCCCGGCGUCAAAAUCCAGCGCGGUCGCGAUAGUCUAUCUGACGAAAUUAUCGGCAUCCGAGCCCGCUGGCCUGCUCAAGAGCCUGAUCGGACUUUAGCUUGGCUGAAGACGAACUUCGUCAUUGAUAUGCAGGCAACGACUGAAGUCAGUGAAGCGUGGGAACAAUAUUUAUCAGAUACGGCUAUUGACCCUCCGAAGGCAAAGGCCAGGUCCAUAUGCUUGAGAGUCUUUGGGACGCGAUUGAGGAAGACUUUCCCGCAGGCGCAAGCGCAAUAUGAUGUGAGGACUGGCAAGCUGGACAGCUUCAGGGGCUUGAGAAGGAAGACAGAGGAGAUGGGAUGAUGAUG